GUCCGCUAUGCCCCCAAAACGUAAAGCAGUGCCAGCAAAGCGUAAAGCACCCACAGGGACUCCAGCCCGAGCGCCAGGGAGAAAAGUUCCCCGCCAUUCUAGAACAGGUACAGGCCCCGCUGCGGACCCGCCACAGGCCCCAGUGGAGGUUUUACCACCACCCCAGGCACGGGCUCAGGACCAGUUCCCCCCAGUGGUUCAGCCCGAAGUCAACAACAACUCGGGUGAGUGCGAAUUUGUUCAACAUUUAGUAGGCUUGCCAUAUCAACAGACAUCUGCCUCAGACGGCAUUGCAUCUCAUGUACCAAUAAAGUUAAAAUUAAAAAUCUGGGAGGGGGAAUUUAUUGAUAUGUCUCUGUUGCUAAAGUCGGCCACCGAAUUGGAAGAUUUUGACUCUCAAGGCGAAGUACAGUUUAAAAAUGGCCGCCUCUGUAUAGUUAAACGUAAACAAAACUCACAGUUGAGUAUUGAAAAGUGGACAUCCGCUUUCAUGAUAUACAUGAGCAUUAUGUUUGAACACAACCCUGCUUUAGCGCAACAAAUGCUUAAAUAUCUGCGCGAUAUCAGAAUAGCUGCCAGUCGCUCACAUCAUUGGUACAAAUAUGAUGAACAAUUCCGUCUGCGCAAGGUGUCCAACCCAGCUAUGUCUUGGGGUGAUAUACAUAAUGAAUUCUGGCUUCUGUAUGUCACAAAUCAAUCUACCAAUUUCAUGUCACAGCAAGGUUCCGAUUCUCAAUUUCAACAAUACAACAAACCUAUAACACAUGGGUCUUCUCCAAUCCCAAAACAAGCUGAGUUUAAACAAACUUGCAAUACUUACAAUAGGGGUAAAUUCUGCACUUUCUUCCCUAGAUGCCGCUUCAACCAUGCUUGCAGCCAUUGCGGAGGAAAACACCCCAGAGUUACUUGUGCACGAAAAUAAACAUUUGUAUACAUUAGGACACACUCCCGUAAAAAUUCAGGCACUACAAAAACACUUACAGGGUUAUGAUCAUGCAAAAUUCUUGCUCAAUGGUUUCUGUUUUGGUUUCAGGCUUCAAUAUCUGGGUCGUAGGAAAGCUCGAAUAAGUAAAAAUUUACCAAGUUUGUAUAAACAUUUGCCCAUAGCACUUGAAAAAAUCAACAAAGAGUUACAACUCAAUAGAGUAGCUGGUCCCUUUCCACAACCCCCUUUUGUAAAUCUUCAAGUUUCGCCCCUUGGGCUAGUACCAAAGAAGGAUGGGGAUAUGCGCCU